AUGCCCAUUCCACGCCAUCGUUUCCAUUCCCCCCUUUCCGCCCAUCUCUCCCGAACCCCCUUCCACCAACCCCCCCCCCCAACCUUCAUCCCCCUUUCCCCCACCUUCCCCAGUGCUGCUAGAAGGCCUAGACUGCUCCUAGAAGGCUUAGACGUGGCAGCGCUGGUGCUCCACCAGUUCGACUACUACCGCUACGAGGGCGCGCAGGUCACCACCAUCAAUGGCGCCGCCGCCAUGGACUACCUAUUAGAGUGGGCGGCGCGCUACGUGGGGCAGUACCGCGACUCGGGCGUGCGCUUCAACCUGCUCUUUGCAAGAAGGGUUGUGUCCAAGGCGACGGGCGCGGUGAUUGCGACUCAGGGCGCGUUCGCACAGCGGAGUCUUGCACCGACGAAUGACAGUGUUGUGGUGGAGCUGAUACUGGCCGCGAGUGCCACACCCGUGCAGGUGACGGUGCCCUGGGUGGCAGUGCUGCCUCAUGUAACCCUGCCCGUCCCAAUUCCCUCUCUCCAUCUCUCCUUAUCCCCUUGCACCCUCUCCCCCACCAAUCACAGCACGAGUGCCACACCAGUGCAGGUGACGGUGCCGUGGGUGGCAGUGCUGCCGACCAAUUUCGACUCUGCCACCUCCUACUGGGCGGCUAACUGCGCCACCCCUCGCCAACCCACCGCCUCUGCCGCCGCUGCGCCCUCUGCUGCUGCCUCUGCUGCUGGGGCAGCUGGGCGGGCUGUGGGGACGCGCAGCAGGGCAAGGGGGGAAGAGACGGCGCUGAUAGCGGAUGGGGGAAGGAGGGGGGGUGCUGCGGAUGCCGAGAAGGAGUGGGAGGGGGAACGGUGGGGGGAGAAGGAGCGGGGGGAGGGUGGGAGGGGAGAAGAAAGAGGGGACGGGAGGGUGAGGAGACCUGGGCCUUUGUUGAGUGAGAGACUUAAGAAGAGAGCUCGGGGCAUGGGGGCUUGGAUUGCAGACGACACAGCAGAGAGCUCAGAGGGGACAGUGAGGACAGAGGGGACAGAGAGGACAGAGGGGACAGUGAGGACAGAGGGGACAGUGAGGACAGAGGGGACAGUGAGGACAGAGGGGACAGAGAGGACAGAGGGGACAGUGAGGACAGAGGGGACAGUGAGGACAGAGGGGACAGUGAGGACAGAGGGGACAGUGAGGACAGAGGGGACAGUGAGGACAGAGGGGACAGUGAGGACAGAUGGUGCACAGAACACAGAAGGUGCAGAGAGCGGAGAAGAGAGCAGAGAGGGAGCAGUGGGAUGGGGCAGCAGUCGUGCGGGGAUGGGCGACAGCAGCAGGGAGAGAGCGUCUGGGUGGCCGACUCUGGCUGUGGAGUUCCCAAGGCCCGACCUCGACGCCCGCCCCUCCCUGCUCCGCCCCCCUCCCCCACCCCCUGCCGCCCCCCUGCUGCUCCGAUACCAAGCAGCGGCUGCUGCUGCUGAGUCUGCUGAAUCUGCUACCUCUGCUGAUGCUGGUAGUAGUGCUGCUGCUGGCGGCGACGGGCGUGCCUCGUCAGCGCCAGCACCAAAUGACCUGGCAGGGGCGCAGAAAUUGUCCACGUCAUCAGCGCUGAUUCCCGUCUACCUGCUAGCAGACAACGCCACGGCAGUCAUCUGGCUGCACACCUUCCUGCCAGCAUUGGACGGCUCAGAUGAAGCCCUCAUCGCCUUCCUGCUCACCGAGAUCUCCACAGCCGUUGAUCUCGCCAACCAGCACGGCAAGCGCAUACUGAUGGACGUGAGUGGCAACGGCGGGGGCUACACUGACAUAGCCUACCUGCUGCUGCGCCUCGUGGCCGGCAAACAGAAGGCCCCCAAGGGCCGAGUGCAGAUGCCACAGCAGCUGCUCAUAUCCAAUGCAUUCAUGCUCUCAUUACUGGACAAGCAGCUCACCUCGUUCUACCAGUGGGACAAGUACCGAGGCAAAGGAGGGCUGUCAUGUCGCAUGCCCUGGGGCAAAGGAGGGCUGUCAUGUCGCAUGCCCUGGGGCAAAGGAGGGCUGUCAUGUCGCAUGCCCUGGGGCAAAGGAGGGCUGUCAUGUCGCAUGCCCUGGGGCAAAGGAGGGCUGUCAUGUCGCAUGCCCUGGGGCAAAGGAGGGCUGUCAUGUCGCAUGCCCUGGGGCAAAGGAGGGCUGUCAUGUCGCAUGCCCUGGGGCAAAGGAGGGCUGUCAUGUCGCAUGCCCUGGGGCAAAGGAGGGCUGUCAUGUCGCAUGCCCUGGGGCAAAGGAGGGCUGUCAUGUCGCAUGCCCUGGGGCAAAGGAGGGCUGUCAUGUCGCAUGCCCUGGGGCAAAGGAGGGCUGUCAUGUCGCAUGCCCUGGGGCAAAGGAGGGCUGUCAUGUCGCAUGCCCUGGGGCAAAGGAGGGCUGUCAUGUCGCAUGCCCUGGGGCAAAGGAGGGCUGUCAUGUCGCAUGCCCUGGGGCAAAGGAGGGCUGUCAUGUCGCAUGCCCUGGGGCAAAGGAGGGCUGUCAUGUCGCAUGCCCUGGGGCAAAGGAGGGCUGUCAUGUCGCAUGCCCUGGGGCAAAGGAGGGCUGUCAUGUCGCAUGCCCUGGGGCAAAGGAGGGCUGUCAUGUCGCAUGCCCUGGGGCAAAGGAGGGCUGUCAUGUCGCAUGCCCUGGGGCAAAGGAGGGCUGUCAUGUCGCAUGCCCUGGGGCAAAGGAGGGCUGUCAUGUCGCAUGCCCUGGGGCAAAGGAGGGCUGUCAUGUCGCAUGCCCUGGGGCAAAGGAGGGCUGUCAUGUCGCAUGCCCUGGGGCAAAGGAGGGCUGUCAUGUCGCAUGCCCUGGGGCAAAGGAGGGCUGUCAUGUCGCAUGCCCUGGGGCAAAGGAGGGCUGUCAUGUCGCAUGCCCUGGGGCAAAGGAGGGCUGUCAUGUCGCAUGCCCUGGGGCAAAGGAGGGCUGUCAUGUCGCAUGCCCUGGGGCAAAGGAGGGCUGUCAUGUCGCAUGCCCUGGGGCAAAGGAGGGCUGUCAUGUCGCAUGCCCUGGGGCAAAGGAGGGCUGUCAUGUCGCAUGCCCUGGGGCAAAGGAGGGCUGUCAUGUCGCAUGCCCUGGGGCAAAGGAGGGCUGUCAUGUCGCAUGCCCUGGGGCAAAGGAGGGCUGUCAUGUCGCAUGCCCUGGGGCAAAGGAGGGCUGUCAUGUCGCAUGCCCUGGGGCAAAGGAGGGCUGUCAUGUCGCAUGCCCUGGGGCAAAGGAGGGCUGUCAUGUCGCAUGCCCUGGGGCAAAGGAGGGCUGUCAUGUCGCAUGCCCUGGGGCAAAGGAGGGCUGUCAUGUCGCAUGCCCUGGGGCAAAGGAGGGCUGUCAUGUCGCAUGCCCUGGGGCAAAGGAGGGCUGUCAUGUCGCAUGCCCUGGGGCAAAGGAGGGCUGUCAUGUCGCAUGCCCUGGGGCAAAGGAGGGCUGUCAUGUCGCAUGCCCUGGGGCAAAGGAGGGCUGUCAUGUCGCAUGCCCUGGGGCAAAGGAGGGCUGUCAUGUCGCAUGCCCUGGGGCAAAGGAGGGCUGUCAUGUCGCAUGCCCUGGGGCAAAGGAGGGCUGUCAUGUCGCAUGCCCUGGGGCAAAGGAGGGCUGUCAUGUCGCAUGCCCUGGGGCAAAGGAGGGCUGUCAUGUCGCAUGCCCUGGGGCAAAGGAGGGCUGUCAUGUCGCAUGCCCUGGGGCAAAGGAGGGCUGUCAUGUCGCAUGCCCUGGGGCAAAGGAGGGCUGUCAUGUCGCAUGCCCUGGGGCAAAGGAGGGCUGUCAUGUCGCAUGCCCUGGGGCAAAGGAGGGCUGUCAUGUCGCAUGCCCUGGGGCAAAGGAGGGCUGUCAUGUCGCAUGCCCUGGGGCAAAGGAGGGCUGUCAUGUCGCAUGCCCUGGGGCAAAGGAGGGCUGUCAUGUCGCAUGCCCUGGGGCAAAGGAGGGCUGUCAUGUCGCAUGCCCUGGGGCAAAGGAGGGCUGUCAUGUCGCAUGCCCUGGGGCAAAGGAGGGCUGUCAUGUCGCAUGCCCUGGGGCAAAGGAGGGCUGUCAUGUCGCAUGCCCUGGGGCAAAGGAGGGCUGUCAUGUCGCAUGCCCUGGGGCAAAGGAGGGCUGUCAUGUCGCAUGCCCUGGGGCAAAGGAGGGCUGUCAUGUCGCAUGCCCUGGGGCAAAGGAGGGCUGUCAUGUCGCAUGCCCUGGGGCAAAGGAGGGCUGUCAUGUCGCAUGCCCUGGGGCAAAGGAGGGCUGUCAUGUCGCAUGCCCUGGGGCAAAGGAGGGCUGUCAUGUCGCAUGCCCUGGGGCAAAGGAGGGCUGUCAUGUCGCAUGCCCUGGGGCAAAGGAGGGCUGUCAUGUCGCAUGCCCUGGGGCAAAGGAGGGCUGUCAUGUCGCAUGCCCUGGGGCCUUGCGCCGCUUGUGCUCGCGCGUGCAGAUGCACGUCAGAAAGACAUGAAGGGAAGCAGCAAGGGAGGAGACCUUGCAGGCUAG